AUGUUAGCUCCCAAAUAUCAGAAGCUGAGUCCAUGUUCGGAACGGCGGAUUCAACCAUUUGAGAUCAAUCCAUACGACUUGUCGGUGGAGAUAGAGCAUGUUCUGGGGAAGGAUGGGAAUUCUGUCAUUUACCGGGGACUCCUAAGAUCCAUAAAGUCCAAUAAAUCUUCUUAUUCCCAAGUGGCGAUAAAGAUCUCUUAUCCGCCGAUUACUCCCAAGUCUAGGUAUGUGUUAAAUAACUCGCCUUGCACCUUGAAUUAUUUUUUAUUGUUAGAAAGGCAGUUGCCAAUGAGAUCCAAGCUCUCAAGACGUUGAAACACAACUCCCAUAUCCUUUCGAUGGUGGGGUACAUGAAUACCGAGACGGAUCUGAUGAUUGUCUCCGAGUUCUGCCAACUGGGGCAUCUCGGUGGACUCAUCCAAUCUCAUCCUUGUCAUUACGCAGUAAGUCUUUGUAACAAAUUUUAAAUGUAUUUUUGCAGAACCAAGAACUCUGCUCUACCGUAAUCUGCUUUAACGCUGAGGAAUUGCUCUCAUUCUUCUGGCAAAUCGCUGAUGGCUUGUCCUUUAUGACCGCCAAUGAGAUUUUGCACAGAGAUAUUGCUGCUGAGAAUAUCUUUAUAACCGAUAAUAUGGUCGCCAAAGUCGGAGGAUUCAAAAGAUGCAUGAUAAAACGACAAAUUGGAGAUCACGAUGAGGAAUUGCCUUUCUGGAACCAAGCAGUGGAGACUCUGUUGAAAGGAGAAUAUUCAGAGAAGUCGGAUGUGUAAGUGAAGCCGAAAGAGUCUCAAAUAUUUGUUAUAUUACAGAUGGCAGUUCGGGAAUUUGUUGUUUGAAGUAUUCUCUGGUGGAUCACUUCCAUUUGGAGAUCUUUCGAAGGAACAAAUUAUCCAGAUGUUCGCUGAAAACGAGAGGCCUCGGCCAGUCAGGGCUUGUCCAGAUAUUGUGCAAGUUUGUUUACAACUUUAACCGAUUAUUUUUGCUUUCAUUUACAUAUAAUAUUUAAUUGUAGGUCUGACUUGAUUGAUCAAUGUUGGAAGACAGAUGUAGAUAGAAGACCGUCUUUCUCCCAACUCAAGUCUCUAAUCGCUGCAACUUUCAUCAAGUCAAGGUCACCAAAGAGUUCAGGAAGUUUGAGAUGA